CCAAUUGAAAACGUAACCGUAGUCUUCAAGCAAAUGACGGAGUCAAAAUUUCAACCUACAAAGUUCCCUCGGAACUGUUAUCUAUAUAAACCCCUAAAUUAAUCAUCUUUGCUUUCACGCUCAACACACAAGAACUAACACUAACACAAUCUCUAACUUCAGUGUCUUUAAUGGCGAAACUAAAGAUAGCUGGGACAUGGGUUGGUGUGCUAGAGGUAGAAUUGGAGAAUUGGACGGUUCACAUGCUGAGAGAGGAGGUUGCAAAGCAAUCAAAAAUGGGUUCUGAGUCGAUCAAUUUAAUAUGCGCAGGCAAAGUCUUGAAAGAUGGCGAUGGCAAUGAAAAGCUUAGCCAAUUGGGUAUCAAAAACAACUCUAAGAUUCUCGCCAGUCGUGUCUCUAUUGAAGAGGGUAAGUCUUUGAAGCAAGAGUUGAUGGCUGACGAGGAACGCAAUCGUAGACUCGCUCGAGUCAAGGCAUCUGUUACUGCACUGUCCAAAAGACAUGCAGAUGGUUCAUUACCAAUUGAGGACUUCAAUUUAGAACUUGAAGAUCAAAGUGGGCAGAAAUUGCACUUUUCGGAGACUGAUAGACAGGCUAUAAUGAUGGGUCUGAUGCUUCAUGCAAAUGGAAAGGGACUAAUCAAAAGGCAAAAGUUUAAAGAUGCUCUAGAAGUGCUCACCAUGGGAGAGGAAUCUUUUUCUCUUUGCAAUCCCAAGUCCAUCGAGCUCGUUGACAAUAUUCCAAUACUGCAAAUAGACAUGGUCUGGUGCUAUUUCAUGCUCCGUGACAUUGCCUGGCUCUCAGUAGCAGGAGUACGCCUUGAAAAGGCUAGAGAAGGACUUGAACGUGCUCAUGGAAAGGACUCCUCCCGUUUUAGACUCCUCCAAGCAGGCCGCUCGUCAGAGCUUGCGCUGUAUUUGAGACUGGAGCUGUUGGAAGGAGUGGUGGCAUAUCAUAAUGGCCAAUUUGAUAAAUGUAGGAGGUUUUUGACCUCUGCACAAGCAAAAUUCUUCCAGUUACAAGUGCAAGACGAAGCCUUAUCAAUUGUUAUGAGCAUGGGCUUUAAGGAACAAGAUGCAAAGAGGGCAUUGAGGAUGAGCAAUCAGCAUGUUGAGAGUGCUAUUAAUUUUCUUGUCGAAGAGAAGGAAAAGAAAGCAAAGAAACGGGAGGACGACAUUCGUCGAAGAAUGGAGAUUAUGGAGCAACAACGCUAUGGAGUAACACCCUUAAAGAAGGCCGUCGAUCUCCAGAGAUUGAAAGAGUUGGUCUCUAUAGGGUUUGAAAAGGAGCUUGCUGCUGAAGCUUUACGAAGAAAUGAGAAUGACACUCAGAAGGCAUUGGAUGACCUAACAAAUCCAGUGACCAAUACUACCAUCCAGCAGCGUGAUAUAGAAACAAGGAAAAGAAAAAGACAACAAAAAAGAGAAGAGAGUAGAGUUGAACGGCUUAUAUCCAUGGGUUUUGAAAGAUCAAGAGUGGUUGAAGCUGUUCAAGCCUGUGGCUCUAUGGAUCAAGCAAUGCAACAGUUGCUCGCACAAUCGAAUCCUAACCCCACAAAUGCUCCUGAUAGCACUCCUGGGUUACCUACUAAUAAUGCCUUGGAGGGUUUGAGUCAAGAUGAUAGUGAUAAUGAUGUUGCAGGCCCAUCAGCCAGCGAAAUUGAACAGAGGGAUGUGGAAAUGGAGGAUGAAAUUGCAGAUGAAAUAGCAAGAGCAGAUGCCUUAUCUGAUUAUGACAUUGAAGUAGCAAAAGAAGGUGAAGCCAUAAACGAGUAUUUAGCAUUGUUGGAUUCCAUGGGCAGCAGCAAGAAAGCUUCAUCUUCACAGUAAGAAGAAAACAUGUUAAACCAAUAAUGCAAAGUUUAUUUCUAUGAAUAGAUAUGUCAAUAACUUAUUUAGCUUAUGUUGAUGAGAUGGAAGGAUGCUUCAGAAAUCUGAGAAUUGAAAGUGAAAGUAAUCUAUGUAACAACUUUCUACUGACCAACGAUGCAGAAAAAAGGGCUGGUAAUAGAUCAUGUGUUAACCUUUCUUAUUUUCAA